UUUCAAUCGUUUGUUCUUGUCUCCCACCGUUUCUGAGAGACACUUGUGCAGCUUGUCUCGAUGGGUGCCAAGGAAGAGCAGCUUGAGGGGAUCUCCCUUCGUUUUGGAGACAAACGUGUGCAUGGUCCGCAUGCUCAGCUUCAGGUUCUCUUCAUUUGUCCGGGUGGACCGGUAGGGCUUGGACACGGCUCUUCCCCUUCGGUAGUAGCCGAUGUUUGGGCGGUGGUCCAGUGGCUGGGAGAGAUCGAUGACCAGAAUGCAGGCCGACGUCUGCCCUAGGAACACCGUCAUGGCAUCCACAAACUCGGGCUGGCCUCCGCUGUCCACGAUGUACACACAUGUUUCAGUGAAGACGGUCUCCAGGGAGUGGCUGGGGACGUUGAUGAGGGAUAUGAACUCCUCCUCCACCUCGGAUGACUCCAGCAGGGAUUCCACCGUCACCUCUGGGGCCGUGUCAGACGACUGGUCACCACUGGCCGUGGCUGCCGCUUUGGUUUCUUCUGUGGCUGCUGGUGAGGAUUUCUGGGGAGAGGCUGCCGACUCUGCUGCUUUGGGGGAGUUGUGUUUCUCUCUGACUACAGUUGGUGGCUGGGUGGCUGGCUGGCCUAGUUUCUGGGCACGGGCUCUCAGGAUGCGGGCAAUGUAUUGCUUCUUCUCGUCUGCCGUC